CAUUGCGGUUCCGUGCGCUGGAGGGGCUACUGUCGCUGUGUUGUGCGCUACACAUCAAUAGUUGACCCUGUCAAGGCCCCGGAUGAACGCAAGCUGCUCUUGGAAACUAGGUACACAUUUACCUGAAACUCCAUCUGGUUCUCCCUUGGAGCGGUGGUGACUCCCCGCGUCCUCAUGCACCUACAACCCACCUCACUCCCCCACCCGCUAGCCCGCCCGGCCGCUACGCACGACAACCGGGGCAGCAGGGUAGUGGCGGUGUCAAGGGGCAGCCGGGCCCUGCCGGUGACGAAGCCAGCAAGGGAAAACCAGAGGAUGUCCCUCCGCGCUGGGCAACGGCGUUUCCAGCAGCAAUGUCCAGCAGCAACCUCCCGGGUGGCUUUCACGAUGACUUCUAUGGCCGCGGCAGGAGCGGCGGGACGGGUCAACGAGGAAGCCGUAGCUGCGAGGGCGACCAAGACAAACCCAUCACGCGGUGGUGGAAAGAGCAAGGCUAUGAACGGUAAAAAGAGCACCGGCGCCUUGCUGACCUGCGAGAGCCCGCUGUGCAACAAGACCUCGUCGUUUGCGCACCGGGGUCAGACACGGCGGCGCUUAUGCAAGCGCCACGCGUGGCCGGGUAUGCAGAACGUGUACUACAAGUACUGCGAUGCGGAUUCGGGGCGGUGCCCCGAGCGAGCAUCGUACGAAUCGGCCGGAAAAUUGCGAUGCCUGGAGCACUGCGAGCCCGAGAUGCGGCCGAGGAACAACAUCUGCCAGGUUGAGGGCGGGGGUUGCGACCGGCAGUCGUCAUUCGGGGUGAAGGGCGGGAAGCCUAUCCUUUGCACGCUGCACAAAGGAGCGGGCAUGGUGCAGGUGCGCACAAAGACGUGCAGGCACCCAGGGUGCGAAAAGACCCCGAGCUACGGGUUUUCGUGCAAGUCGCGCGAGUGCUGCAAGCCGCACGCGCUCGAGGGCAUGGUCUACAACGCGGGGAGAAGGUGCCGCUUUCGCGGGUGCGCCGCGCCCGGAGCGUUCAACUACCCCGGGGUCACUCGCGGAGGAUCUUUCUGCGAUGACCACAAAGAGGUGUAUACCUUGUAUUUUCUUGUUUGUUCUUCUGUUUGGCAGGAAGGCAUGGUGGACAACACGCCGACGCAGUGCGAGGCUGAAGGGUGCAACUACUCGGCCAGCUUCGGCGAUAUGGGGCAGCGGACGAGACGUUUUUGCGCCAGACACAAACUGGCAGGGAUGCUGAGCUACCAGGAAUUGUGGGCCACGCAAACUGACGCCUCCAGCCCCCCCAAAACUACCGCCGCUUCGGCGGCGGCAACGGCAGCAGCGGCGGGCAUGGUUCAUCUGUCGGCGGCGGCACCGGCGACUGCAUCGGCAACGUACACCGCGGCCGAGAGAGUAGAAGGGAUCGACCCACUCGCGGACGGGCAUGGACCAAUCGGCGCAGAAAGCGGCGCAGCUGAAUCUGCCCCAGUUUCGGUUGGAGAACGAAGCAGAGGUAAUCAAGGGGCCGCCACGACAGCGAGUGCUGAUGCUGUUGGCGCUGGCGUUGGCGGUGCUGGUUGUAGUGCUGAUUGUGCUGUUGCUAAUUUUGGCGCUGUUUCCGAUGCUCCGACGUAAGAGAUGCCUGCCGAGGUCGCAACCGCUCGGAGCAGCAGCGAUGCUCAACCAGGGGAGAGGCCACGCGAAGACACGCCGCCAGACGGCAAGCAGCCGCCGGCACGUGACGAAGGUGAUCUAUCAAGCGCUGCGGCAUUUGUGCGUCUCUCAGGUGCCAGUUCCGCCGGACUCACCGGCGGCUGUCGUGCCGUGCCACCGCCUCCGACAGCACCUGGGUCCCCGGCCACACCCUCCACCCCUGCGACGGAACUCGCUUUGUUGGCCAAGGCUGCCGCUGCCGCUGCCGCUGCACCCGCGCUCGGCACACCCGGGUCGUGUCCCAAACAAGGCAACCCUGCCGCCGCUGCUGGUCUACUUGCGUCGAGGACUCCCGACACCCAAGCCCGCGCCCACAACACGCCGAGGGCCAUGUAUGCCACUUCAUCCACUGCUUCUGCUGCUGCU